UGGUGGCCCGGUCCGCGUGUGCGCCGACUGUCGCACUCUCCUCGCUCCAGGCGCCCAAACUCUGAGAGAGAGCGACGGCCAUCACAGAACAGCGGAGGCAGUCGAUCGGACUGCCGUCCGCUUCGGCAUUCGCAGGCCGCAGGCCGCAGGCAGGAGGCUACAGUACCCAGACACACCUCGCCCUAACGGCCCGCGGCUCGCGCAGCUCUGCAGAGAGGUCGUGGCGGCAGGGCCAGCACCCAUUGGUCCGCCACAGCUCUCCGCCCUCCCCCUGGUCACGCUUAUUGGCCGGAGCUGCGGCGCCCGCCUGGUAGGCGGUGGCGGCGUCCCUCCCUUGCGCCCGCCCUCAAGAGGCGACGAGGAAGCGGCCGCCUCCCUGCGCCCCGCCCCUCCGGCUAGCUCGCUGGCUCCCGGCUCCUCCCGACGUCUCCCAGCUCCUCACGGCUCUUCCCGGCGCUCUCCUGGCUCCCUUCUGCUCCAGCUCCGUCUCGGCGGCGGCGGGCAGUUGCAGCGGUGCAGAAUGGCCGACCUCAGUCUUGCAGAUGCAUUAACAGAGCCAUCUCCAGACAUUGAGGGAGAGAUAAAGCGGGACUUCAUUGCCACACUAGAGGCAGAGGCCUUUGAUGAUGUUGUGGGAGAAACUGUUGGAAAAACAGACUAUAUUCCUCUCCUGGAUGUUGAUGAGAAAACCGGGAACUCAGAGUCAAAGAAGAAACCGUGCUCAGAGACUAGCCAGAUUGAAGAUACUCCAUCUUCUAAACCAACACUACUAGCCAAUGGUGGUCAUGGAAUAGAAGGGAGCGAUACUACAGGGUCUCCAACUGAAUUCCUUGAAGAGAAAAUGGCCUACCAGGAAUACCCAAAUAGCCAGAACUGGCCAGAAGAUACCAACUUUUGUUUCCAACCUGAGCAAGUGGUCAAUCCUAUCCAGACUGAUCCCUUUAAGAUGUACCAUGAUGAUGACCUGGCAGAUUUGGUCUUUCCGUCCAGUGCAACAGCUGAUACUUCAAUAUUUGCAGGACAAAAUGAUCCCUUGAAAGACAGUUACGGUAUGUCUCCCUGCAACACAGCUGUUGUACCUCAGGGGUGGUCUGUGGAAGCCUUAAACUCUCCACACUCAGAGUCCUUUGUUUCCCCAGAGGCUGUUGCAGAACCUCCUCAGCCAACGGCAGUUCCCUUAGAGCUAGCCAAGGAAACAGAAAUGGCAUCAGAAGAGAGGCCACCAGCACAAGCAUUGGAAAUAAUGAUGGGACUGAAGACUACUGACAUGGCACCAUCUAAAGAAACAGAGGUGGCCCUCGCCAAGGACAUGGCACUAGCUACAAAAACAGAGGUGGCAUUGGCUAAAGAUACGGAAUCACCCACCAAAUUAGAUGUGACACUGGCCAAGGACAUGCAGCCAUCCUUGGAAUCAGAUAUGGCCCUAGUCAAGGACAUGGAACUACCCAUAGAAAAAGAAGUGGCCCUGGUUAAGGAUGUCAGAUGGCCUACAGAAACAGAUGUGUCUUCAGCCAAGAAUGUGCUACUGCCCACAGAAACAGAGGUAGCGCCUGCCAAGGAUGUGACACUGUUUAAAGAAACAGAGAAGGCUUCUCCUAUAAAAAUGGACUUGGCCCCUUCCAAGGACAUGGGACCACCCAAAGAAAACGAGAUAGUCCCAGCCAAGGAUUUGGUAUUACUCUCAGAAAUAGAGGUGGCACAGGCUAACGACAUUAUAUCAUCCACAGAAAUAUCCUCUGCUGAGAAGGUGGCUUUGUCCUCAGAAACAGAGGUAGCCCUGGCCAGGGACAUGACACUGCCCCCAGAAACCAACGUGAUCUUGACCAAGGAUAAAGCAUUGCCUUUAGAAGCAGAGGUGGCCCCAGUCAAGGAUAUGGCUCAACUCCCAGAAACAGAAAUGGCCCUGGGCAAGGAUGUGGCUCUGUCCACAGUAAAAGAAGUGGGCUCGUUGAAAGACAUGUCUCCACCGCCAGAAACAGAAAUGGCUCUGGGCAAGGAUGUGACUCCACCUCCAGAAACAGAAGUAGUUCUCAUCAAGAAUGUAUGUCUGCCUCCAGAAAUGGAGGUGGCCCUGACUGAGGAUCAGGUCCCAGCCCUCAAAACAGAAGCACCCCUGGCUAAGGAUGGGGUUCUGACCCCUGCCAACAAUGUGACUCCAGCCAAAGAUGUUCCACCACUCUCAGAAACAGAGGCAACACCAGUUCCAAUUAAAGACAUGGAAAUUGCACAAACACAAAAAGGAAUAAGUGAGGAUUCCCAUUUAGAAUCUCUGCAGGAUGUGGGGCAGUCAGCUGCACCUACUUUCAUGAUUUCACCAGAAACCAUCACAGGAAUGGGGGAAAAGUGCAGCUUGCCGGCCAAUGAGGAUUCUGUUUUAGAAAAACUAGAGGAAAAGAAACCAUGCAACAGUCAACCUUCUGAGCUUUCUUCAGAGACCUCAGGAAUAGCCAGGCCAGAAGAAGGAAGGCCUGCUGUGAGUGGGACCGGAAAUGACAUCACCACCCCACCAAACAAGGAGCUCCCACCAAGCCCAGAGAAGAAAACAAAGCCUUUGGCCACCACUCAACCUGCAAAGACUUCAACAUCGAAAGCCAAAACACAGCCCACUUCUCUCCCUAAGCAGCCAGCUCCCACCACCAUUGGUGGGUUGAAUAAAAAACCCAUGAGCCUUGCUUCAGGCUUAGUACCAGCUGCCCCACCCAAACGCCCUGCCGUCGCCUCUGCCAGGCCUUCCAUCUUACCUUCAAAAGACAUGAAGCCAAAGCCCAUUGCAGAUGCAAAGGCUCCUGAGAAGCGGGCCUCACCAUCCAAGCCAGCUUCUGCCCCGGCCUCCAGAUCUGGAUCCAAGAGCACUCAGACUGUUGCAAAAACGACAACAGCUACCGCUGUUGCCUCAACUGGCCCAAGCAGUAGGAGCCCCUCCACGCUUCUGCCCAAGAAGCCCACUGCCAUUAAGACUGAUGGAAAACCUGCAGAAGUCAAGAAGAUGACUGCAAAGUCUGUACUAGCUGACUUGAGUCGCCCAAAGAGCAUCUCCACCAGUUCCAUGAAGAAAACCACCACUCUCAGUGGGACAGCCCCCGCUGCAGGGGUGGCUCCCACCCGAGUCAAGGCCACACCCAUGCCCUCCCGGCCCUCCACAACUCCUUCCAUAGACAAGAAGCCCACCUCGGCCAAGCCCAGCUCCACCACCCCCAGGCUCAGCCGCCUGGCCACCAAUGCUUCUGCUCCCGAUCUGAAGAAUGUCCGCUCCAAGGUUGGCUCCACGGAAAACAUCAAGCAUCAGCCUGGAGGAGGCCGGGCCAAAGUAGAGAAAAAAACAGAGGCAGCUGCUACAACCCGAAAGCCUGAAUCUAAUGCAGUCACUAAAACAGCCGGCCCAAUUGCAAGUGCACAGAAACAACCUGCGGGGAAAGUCCAGAUAGUCUCCAAAAAAGUGAGCUACAGCCAUAUUCAGUCCAAGUGUGGUUCCAAGGACAAUAUUAAGCAUGUCCCUGGAGGUGGUAAUGUUCAGAUUCAGAACAAGAAAGUGGACAUCUCUAAGGUCUCCUCCAAGUGUGGGUCUAAGGCUAACAUCAAGCACAAGCCUGGUGGAGGAGAUGUCAAGAUUGAAAGUCAGAAGUUGAACUUCAAGGAGAAGGCCCAGGCCAAGGUGGGAUCCCUCGAUAAUGUGGGCCACCUACCUGCAGGAGGUGCCGUGAAGACUGAGGGCGGUGGCAGCGAGGCUCCUCUGUGUCCGGGUCCCCCUGCUGGGGAGGAGCCGGCCAUCUCUGAGGCAGCGCCUGAAGCUGGCGCCCCCACUUCAGCCAGUGGCCUCAAUGGCCACCCCACCCUGUCAGGGGGUGGUGACCAAAGGGAGGCCCAGACCUUGGACAGCCAGAUCCAGGAGACAAGCAUCUAAUGAUGACAUUCUGGUCUCGUCUUCCGUCUCCCCCGUGUUCCCCUCUUGUCUCCCCUGUUCCCCUCUCCCUUCCCUCCUCCCAUGUCACUGCAGAUUGAGACCUACAGGCUGACGUUCCGGGCAAACGCCAGGGCCCGCACCGACCACGGGGCCGACAUUGUCUCCCGCCCCCCACACUUCCCUGGCGGCCCCAACUCGGGCUCCCAGGUCCUUGGCCCCCUUUCCCGGGCUGUCCACUAGACCAGUGAGCGCUUGGGCGCCACGCUGGGCGGCCCGCCAGGCUCGCCUUCCCUCCUGCUUUGCGUGCCGGGGCAGCAGCAGCCCCACCCCACACUUCCUCUCACUCCCCAGCCCGGGCCCAGCUCCCUGCUUUGGUCUUGCCCCAUCACUGCGCCACUGCUCCGUGGAGGAGGUUGGGAGGGGGUUGGGGUGGUUGAGGCUAAGUUGGGAUCUAGGAGAGGAGAACCAGAUUCCACCCUCAUCUUUGGUUCUUUGGUCCAAACCCAAAAGAAACUGACAUGCCCUCCCUCCUCCCUGGAUCUACCUAGAGGGAAGAGUGGAGGUGGACUCCGAGUGGUGACAGGACGCUGUCCAUGGAGCUUAAGCCACUGCCUCUCCCUUUGGCCCCACAAAUGCACCCCCCCAUGCAGGUGGUGUCAGGCCCUUCUUGCUGCCCUGCCCCAAGUUGGGGGUCAGUGCUGCCUGUCCCCAUGCUUAACAUACCCUCCUAGCUGCUAUCACAUUUUUGUUUUGUCCUUUUAUUUUUUUCUAAUAACCUAAAAACUGGCGAAAUAGUUCUGCAGGUUGAAGCCAUGUCUACAUGAAAGUCCUCAGUAAGUGUUAGAGGGAACAGGGUGGAGAGAUCCUUAUGCCACCCCCGCUGGAGGAUGUGGGCAGUUUAGGGCCCUGGAGGUGGUGCGGCAGGGAAGAGGGGUGCAGAGGCUGUGGCUGGUGAGCUGGUCAGGCACACAAGGGGCUCUCGGAGCGUGGACUGGUUGGUUUUGCCAUUUUGUUGUGUGUAUGCUGCUUUUCUUUUCUAACCAAGAGGCUGGUUUUGGCAUCUCUGUCCCAUUCCCUGGGAUCUGGUGGUCAGCCCUAGGAUACAAAGCCAGGGCUGGAGAACAAGAAAGGGCCAGGAGAUGGAAUUCCUUCAGGCCGGCACCCGCACCCUAGGACAUGCAAGCCCUCAUGUCCAGGGGAGCCUCAUGCAGAUAGUAGGAAAUCAGGUCUGGAAAUUUAAAAAUAAAAGGCAUGAGACUAAGGCCAUCUGCUUCCCUUAGGCUCUAACUGGAGAGGGAGGGAGGAGAGGCGAGGCCCACAGAGGGCAUCCCAGCUAGGCUGCAGUGAGGAGAAAUCCCGGGAACUGUAUUGACAAAGAUUCUUAUUGCACUUGUAUUUUUUGUAUUAAAGUUUGCAUGGUUUCUAAUAAAGGAUUCAAACGUAAGUUUGUAGUGAAAUGGCCUGGGAGAUUCCAAGGGCUUCUCUGGAGAGGGAUUGGAUGCAGUGUAGAUUUGCCUCUGAGGAGGCUGCCCCAGACUUGGCCUCCUCAGGCCCCCUCCUGACCUUCUCUGGUCCUGGCAUCCCUUGGAGCUGGAGAAGGUAGGGGUCUUGACCUAGGUUUAGAUUUGAUCUCCAUGUGCAGGGAGGCUGUUCUGGGCCUGACAGGUCCUCCUGCUUUCUGAGGUAGCAGUGCCUUGUGGAGGUUUGACACCAUGUCCCUAGCUCCCCAAGCACACACCAGGAAACUGUAGGGGCUCACGGAGGAAGUGCUGCCUGGGCCAGGGGGACCAGCUUUCCUCCGUAGAGACCAUGUGCAGAACACUUCCGCUGUGCCCAGAACAUGAAGGAGCCAGUGUUUUGUCAGCAGGAGGAAGGGCCUGCUGGGAUGAAAGUGGGAAGGAAACAGGGUUGGGUAGUCAGGAGACACCCCAGGGGCAACAGCACAGGCCCAGAGUACCUGCUGCCUCCACUGCGCCUGUCCUGGGGUCAUGAGGAUGCUGAGGUUGACGACAGGUUCCAGGUCCUUUCACUCCUUUGGCCAAGGGUUGGGGGUAGGUGGCCCAAGUGGUAGUGCUCUCUAGGUAGACAGCAGGAGUGGUCAGAGUUCCCUCGAAGGAUCCUGCACACCAGAGCACCUGAGAAGGCCGGGACCAGAGGCCCUGUGUGAUGUGUACUCCGCAGCCGUUUGGGGUGGGACAUUUCUGUACUUCUCGAUUUGCUUAUGGCUCAGCCAUUACCUGUGUCAGUCUGUGAUUCUGUUGUAACAGUUUUAAGAGUAAAUAAAGCUGCCUGAUGUCCCAUCA